UCUGAAGGAAGAGACGGGCAAUCACCAUUCAUUCUUGGACAGUGUGCUGAGAGCAGAGCUUGCUGAGAGACCAUUUAUUUUGUUUAUUGAGCCUCAGAUUAUAAUCAAAACCCCUACUGUGGUCUGAUAUGGACCUUAGCCAAGGCCUGACAAUCAGGAGCACCCCUUUUGCAGUGGCAACAGUUGCUACUUAUUUUGCUGCUACAGAGCCAGUGCCAGAAGCUUCUCUCUGCCAUCCUACCAGGAGACAGGCAUUGUACUCAGGACCUGCGAUCAAUGCUACCAUGUCGAACGGCAUCACACCCAUUGCAAUUCAGGGCAGCAAGACCAGGAAGCAGAGCAUCGUCAUCAAUGUGACUUCAAAAGACUCAAGUGUGCCAAAGAGGUUAGCAUCAUCAUCUUCUGCGAGACGACUGAGUUACACUAGUGCUCUGCUAGCCAGCAAAGUUGGGUCAGUAGCUCGAAGGAGCAUACUGAUAACAUCAGAGAUGAAGGACAAAGCAUCUUUAGCAGUGAUCAAACUUCCUAUCCAGGUUUUCGAUGAUUAUGGGAAAGAUGUAACACCUCGUCCACUUUACCACCCCGAACCAAGUACAUCUACCAGCCACAGACAAAGCAAAAUCUUAUCAGCACAAGAUUUUGUUGGGGUGACUCAAUCUGAUUUCUUGUCUUCCUUCUCUCUUCAACAAACAUCUGGAACCAAUAUUAGCUUAGCAGGGCCAUUCUCCAGGACAUAUGGAAGUGGCAGUGUUUCUAGGUCAUCCACUUCUACUGACUCAAUGGCAGAUGAAAUAGUAGAACCUGGGUCUAGACGAGAAACAAUUGCUAGUUUAACAGAUGUCCUGGUCAGGCGAGAGGAAGUGCCAGAACAACUGACCAAGGAAGACUUAGAAAAAGCUGUGGAUAUUUACCUCACCGAGACAGAUAUGAUUUGGCUGUUUGACAUGCCCACAGUCAUGAUAUCUACAGAGGCUGAAGAAGCAGACACUGUGAGGAGACAGAACAUAGCUUAUAUGGAACUCUGUAAAAAUAGAGUUGGCAAUGAUCGCUAUGCCAACAGGAUGAUGCAAACAUUAAAUGGAGCACCGAAGACAAAGGAAGUACAAUGUGACAGAAUUGUCAUAGCGGACAAAGAGAUAAUGGCCACUACCUGGGAUUUAUAUGAUUCCUUGAAUGCUUUAGAAGUAGCAGCCGUGCCAGAAAAAUCUGGCACCCCAUUAAGUGUUACUAGCAGUAAAUCUGGUGUGGUGAAAGAACGUGACAGAACCAUGUCUAUGGCUUCUGUGGACAGAGAGAGUAUUGCAUCUAGCUCUAUCAUUGAUAUUGAAAGUGUAAUUCUGUCCCGAAUACAUGAAGAGGAAGAAGACCGCUCAGAAGCCAUAAUCAAGUCUGAAAAAUUUCAGCAAGAUUUGUUUUACAUGGAAAGAGUUCUGAUGGAGAAUAUUUUCCAGCCUAGACUUGCAGCUUUUCGGCACCUUCCUGUCCUCAUUGAACCAGAUAUUGUAUCAGAACAUAGUUUAUCUGAAUUUGAUGAUGAAUUAGAACCAGAGGAGGAAGAGGAAGAGGAAGAAGAAGAAGAAGAAGAAGAGGGAGAAAAAGAGCCCUCUGUUAGCUCAGCACUGCUGUUAGAACUAGAUAAUGCCGCAAGAGAAUUGCCACCCCCCUGUAUGGAUGUCUUGUGGUCCUAUGGAUGUGAUCUGACUAGGGGCAACAAUGUGAGCUGUAUGGCUUGGAACAAACUAAAUCCUGAUCUUUUGGCUGUUGGUUAUGGGCAGUUCCGUUUCAAAGAGCAGAAGAAAGGCUUGGCUUGCUGCUGGUCACUGAAGAACCCAAUGUGGCCAGAGCGUGUCUAUCAGUGUGUUCAUGGGGUAACUGCACUGGAUUUCUCUCUUGCCAACCCAAACCUCCUAGCGGUUGGCCUCUUCAAUGGAACAAUUGCAGUCUACAAUGUCCAGACCCGUAAUCCAGCUUCAGUUUUAGAUACCAGUGAAUCCCAUGAUAAGCACUUGGGUCCAGUGUGGCAGCUGAAGUGGGUAGAGCAGGACAGGGGCAUAACAGGAGAAGACAAAGGGGAGAUUCUAGUCUCCAUAUCAGCAGAUGGCAGAGUAACCAAGUGGUUUAUUCGCAAAGGCUUAAGCUGCACUGAUCUGAUGAAAUUAAAGCGAACAGCAAGUGAAAAGAAAAAAGUAGGAGCAGAAAAGAAAAGUGAAGCACUUAUAUCGCGGCAAGCUCCUGGAAUGUGCUUUGACUUUCACCCAAAGGAUACUAAUAUAUACAUGGCUGGAACCGAAGAAGGCUAUAUUCACAAAUGCUCUUGUUCUUACAAUGAGCAGUACCUGGAGACCUACAGAGGGCACAAAGGCCCUGUGUACAAAAUAGCAUGGAAUCCAUUUAGUGCGGAAGUGUUUCUAAGCUGCUCUGCAGACUGGAGUAUUAUAUUAUGGCGGCAGGAUUCUAUCCACCCUGUGUUAUCUUUCACUUCCACAACCAAUGUCAUUUAUGAUGUGAUGUGGUCUCCCAAUUCACCAUAUAUAUUUGCAGCAGUGAACGAGACUAGAGUGGAAAUCUGGGAUCUUCGUAUCAGCACACUGGAUCCCCUGAUUGUGAAUCCUGCCACUGGAAAUUUGAAAUUCACGACUGUACUUUUUGCUAAAAAUUCAGACUGUCUCCUAAUUGGGGACAGUGAUGGAUUAGUCACUGUGUAUGCAUUAAGCAAUAUGACUGAGGCAGACAGCAAGAAGGUGGAUGCUUUGCAUGAUGUAAUUGGUUCUAAUCUAUCCAGUCCAAAGUAGUAAAAUGUAUAUAUAUCCAUAUACAAAUAUAGUUUUUAACAAACAGAAAUGAUAUUUAGUACUUGACAUUUAAUAAUUCACCAUGGGGGAAAAUGUAACUAUUACAUUAUUAAAUGUGAUUUAUUAUAUAA